AACAGCAAGCGAGAAUAUGAAAAAUAUCAACAAUCAAUACGAUUUUCCUUAAUGCUCACGUUGUUCGGGUAACAUAUGUGAAUAAAUAAUAACUUGUUAAAAACUUAAAACUUCAGUGCCAUUGCCAGCGAAAGGAAAACCCAACAUUAUUGGUGUGACAAAUAAAUCGUUGUUGCGGCCUGCGCAUUCUCGACAAUAUUUGCACGGUAAGCUACAAUACAGUACGUGGUUAACCGUUAACCAGUGCAUAUGUGUUGUAGCCUGUGCUUGGUAUCGUUAGAAUUCUUAUUAAAAAUUCAGCAGUUUUCUUUGAAAGUCAAAAGCGGGCGAGGUAAAUAACUUGAAUUCAGGGAUCUCUGAGAAACUGAAGUGGAUGUGCAUGUAAUACAAUAAAGUCCCUGGAGAACGGCAUUGGCUCGGCACUUGCGGGCUGUGUCUGUCUAGCAGACUCUAGCUUCCACUGCUUCCAGUCUCCAUUUUCGACCCAUGAUGACAACUCCAAAGAAAAGUUUGAAGCCCGAAUCUGUAUGGAUUCGCGGUGAUUUGUAUGGGCCACCUGAUCCAGUAUCGAAUCUGCCUCAUAUUAAGUUUAUGGUACGGGAAAAUGAAACGCAUGCAGAGAGGAAAUUACGAGAAAUGCGCCAAGAAGCUCACGAAUGGAACCACACAUUUUGGCACGGACACAAUACGAAAUUUCUGAAGGAAAAGGAGGACUACAUCACUCGUUUUCCAAAUAGGAAGUUAUCCGCUGAUGAGAUGUCUGUAUUUUAUAAAGAUUUUCUUGACCGUAACCGAAAUCUCCACCGGGCGUACAAUAUGGAGUUGUACAGUAGGAACUUCAGAUUGUUAUGGCCGGAAUUGCUUGUUAGUGUCGAACGACUAAUUCGGAGACUCCGAUUAUAAUUUAACAGUGCAUAGACUUCCUCAGGAAGUCUUCCUGUUACCUUGUAGUAGAGGAAUAACUUGAGGGAGACUGAUAGAAAACCAUGGAGCUGAUCGGCAGAUGCCAGUCUUGGAAAAUAUACAGUAACUCCAUUGAAAACGGUUAACAAUCUACGUAAAACACCUUAAGCUGCAUUUUCGACCAGUUAUGAGUUAUGCACGCAACCUGAAAAGAACAAGGUGCGAUAAUUUCAUCCAGUGAAACGUAUCUACGUCAUUUUUACUGUGUCACAAUAAUCGUAGUGAAAUGACUGAAAUUACAAAAGCGUACCGCCGUACAUAGUCUUGUUUGAUCUAAUGCGAAAUUGCAAAUAUUCAGUUAAAUCAGAAUUAUUCAUUCCAUACAAAUAUUUUCACCAAUUGCAGAAACUCAAACGAAGCUAACUGGAGAGCACCUAUCCGAAGCAACAUUCACAUGACAUACAUAAAACGAUUCAAACUCAAAACAUAUCAAAUACUUAUUAGUACAAGUAGUUAGUACCAAUACCGGCAAUACGACAUCAUCGUCGACAUGAGCCUGAGUUAUUUCAGGGAAAUACCAGACCUACAAGUUCCAUGGCUACCUAUACAAAACCCACUCAACUGACUCAAAGGAGCUAACCGGACACGAGUAUCCGAUGAAACUAAACCGCUGGGAUCCAUGAAACACAUCCAACAAGAUUCUGGCUGACAAAUCGCUAUCCAAACGACCAAACGCUUCCGACGUUGGUCGUGCUAGGCGAAAAGUAUGCUCCCAAUGGUAAUGGGCGGCAUGCCGGGCUCAGUUCCGCUGCGUAUUCCUGAAAAUAAAUAACGCUGAUUUCAACAAAAGCCGGUUCAUGCCUUGUAUUUCAGUAUUUGGUAAUACUUGAAGCUGCAACUGGAUACUAACAUAGUAGGCUGAGUAAUAAUAAUAAAAUGAGUAAUCUGUAAUAAUAAUAAAAUAAUAGAGAAAGGAAAAGCACAGAGAAUGAAAGAAAAAUUAGAAAAUCUACUCAGACAAGGUAUCUUACU